AGACGCAGCAGAACGGCCUUCACCAAUCAGCAGCUGUCGGCCCUUGAAAAAACUUUCCUCAAGACCCACUACCCAGAUGUUGUUAUGAGGGAGAGACUGGCCAUGAUGACCAAUCUACCUGAGGCCAGAAUCCAGGUAUGGUUCAAAAACCGACGGGCCAAGUACCGCAAGAAG